AAUUAAUAAUUAAUUUGAUCAUCAUAAUUUAAUCAAAUUUCUAGAACUAGGAUAUUAAAACACCUGUACAAUUUCUUGACAUAAUAUUAAUUUGUACCUAAUAUAAUUUUAUAUUAUAAAUAAAAAACAAUAUUAUUAUUUGUAUUGCAAAAUAGCGUGAGAAGACGAUUUUUAAAGUUAGUACCAAAUUCAAGUUGAAAAUGGUUUUGGAGAUUCUUGACUCUUGUAAGGAAGUAAUAUGUAAUUCCAAGGAUGUGAAAAUCAACGCAUCAAAAAUUCCAGACUUGGCUGUUAAAAUUUAUGAAAAAAUCGAAAAAGGUAUCCUGACACCGGAUGAGUUUAAAAAGAGUCCGUUACAUCCCAAAUCCGACGAUGAAGUAGCAAUAAAUUGGAUAUUUGUUAUUGAUUCGUUGAACUAUUGUUUUUUUGAUCCUAACAGCAAACGGCAUUGGACUGUAACUUGGAAAAAUGAAACACAUACAGGCUAUUUUGGUUUGUGUGCAGCUAUCAACAAAGCUAUUGAUAAUGGCAUAAAUAUGACUGAUAUGCGUACCUGUUUGGAAUUAUCCAGAGAACAACUCGAUGAAAUACUUUUAGGGGACGAUGGAUCCACGUUACCACUAUUGCAAGAAAGAUAUCAAUGUUUGCAACAGUCGGCAGAUAUUUUAUUAAAAAAAUAUAAAGGUAGUUUUUUAAAUUGUAUAAUAGAAGCCAAUAAUUCAGCACAAAAAUUGUUACUGUUGAUAUCAGAAAAUUUCUCAUACUUCCGGGAUGAAUCAUUUUACAACAACAAGAAAGUUUUUAUUUACAAAAGAGCGCAAAUAUUAAUUGCCGAUAUUUGGUCAUCGUUUGCCGGAUGUGGCUAUGGAGAAUUUCACGAUAUUGAUUCGUUAACCAUGUUUGCGGAUUAUAGGGUUCCACAAGUGCUAUUAUAUUUUGGAGUGUUGGAAUAUUCAGACAAUUUAGUAGAAAACUUAAAAAAAGGAAUAUUAUUGGAUCAUGGAUCUUUGCAAGAAGUUGAAAUAAGAGCUGCUUCUAUUGUGGCUGUUGAUCAAGUUGUAUUUACGGUAAAAGAAUUAUUGUCGAAAAAUAAUGUUAAGAAAAAAUGUAAUGCAGUUAUGGUCGAUACAUAUUUAUGGGGUUACCGAAGAGAAAACGCCAUUACAUUAGAAGACACGCCAUAUCAUAAAACAUUGAACAUUUUUUAUUAAAAAAAAAUAUGUUAUUCCAAAAAAAAGAAAAUUAUUGUUGAUUACUUAUUCACACAAUUGUUGUAUCUAUUUAUAAAUAAUGUAUUGUAGUUUAACAUUUAAGUACACCGUAUUGGCACAGAUUACAUUUUCAUAUUUAUAUUAUAUUUUCAUAAAAUCUGUGAUAUAGAUGAUAGUUAAUAUUUUCCAUUACAUUUUUAUUAUAAUCCAUAUUUUAUAAAUUGUAAUUAGA